AUGUUGUCGCCUGCUCAGAAGAAAGAUAUUGAAGAAGUCCUCGACGCCAUCAGUAAUGCUACUGGCGCACGGAAACGUCGCUUGGCUGCAAUGUUUCUGGACUUGGUAGACCGCAAUGCUCUACCUCACUACUAUACCGUUAUUCCUCAACCACGAGCACUUGCGCCAAUCCGUCUGAAUUUGGAGAACAACAAGUACAAAAACCCGUUGGACGCAUAUACCGACAUUUCCCUGGUGUUUUGGAAUGCCAUGUACUAUAACGAAUCGAAGAGUCAAAUUGCCGUUGACGCAGGGACUUUGAAGGACUUACUAGAGAAUGAAUGGAAAGCAAGAGACCUGCCUACGCCACCGACCUCUCCUCCGCCUCAGUCUGCGCAGAAGAUUCUUGGUGCUCCUCCUGUUGAAGAACCUGAGCCAGAAAGACAGCCCACACCAGAACCCCCACAAAUACUCGCCCCGAAACCUACCACCCCUGCCAUCGCUCAAGCUCCACCUCCGGUCAUCGCCCAGCCCAAUCCCAUCGUCACCACACUCGUCGUCGUAGAACCGGAUUCCGAAACCGAAAACGAAGAAGAGACACCUGAUCCUCCCUCUGGUGCCCCGAGUGAUUUGGACAUUGCACGACAUCUGGAGCGGGGAUUGCCACGCUUCACCAUCGAGUUUGGCGUUGAAGGUGGCUGGAUGGAAGAUGUCAAGCAUGAGCGGCAUUUGGAAAUAGUGCAUGCUUUGAAGGUGUAUAAAGACGCAGCCGGUGUCAAAUUAUCGACAUCCCUUGAACCACAAAUACCAGAAGAAAAGCUCGGCAUCACCUUCAAGCUUCUUGAUAGCAGAUCACGAAGCAAAACAUUCUACACGUCCUCCCAACAAUUCGACACAGAUCUCGCCCGCCUUUUCGAGAGUGGCCGUCGAUACUAUUUGGAGCGCUCGAAUAGCGUGGCCGGUAUUAUUGGAGAGGACUGGGCAAAAGUUGUGGCACUUCAGCGAGUCGCGAAUGAGUUGACGUCUAGAAAAUGCCCUGCCUUGCCUCUAUCCGAACCACUCUCAUAUCGUCCCCCCCUUGAACAUCCUGGCAAGGACAUCAUUGACCGUGUGACGUACAAAGGGUUCACUAUUCAGGCGGGCGACUUUGUCCACCUUAUUUCUGGCACAGAUGCUGGUGACUCUCAAAUGGGUUUCGGCCGUGGUCGUCCUCUUGUGUGUCACGUUACAGGGUGUUGGCGCGACAACAAUGGAGAUGACGGAAUUAGUGUGCAAUGGUAUCUUCGUGCUGACGAGAUUGCGCAUUUGAUGCCAACCAGGCGGAAAAGAGGGGAGAUUUUUGAGGGAGAAGUCGUCCAAACAGAAAAGACAUCACACCAUCACUUAGUGGAUGUCAUCGAGCCAAUAUGCUGCCAACAUUCGUCGACCGCGUCUCGAGGACGACCACGUGCCCCAAAGUGGUAUCCAGGGUGGCCGUUAUACGUUUGUGGCUAUCGAUAUGAUGCUGCUGCUGGUCGCGUGCGUCACAUCAGGCGGCAACAAUGGUUCAGUGCAAGUGGAGGUGGCGGGGAAGAGAAUGAAGUUCUAGAUCUCUUCGAACGCAAGCUGAAGCUCGCCCCUCGCCCAGCCACUUCACUCCCAACAGAUCGGUCAUUGGUUUCUGCAGCUGGAGCGGCUUUAAGCGGCACGGAAAAACUACCGCUGGAGACAGUUCAAAACUUCCAACGCGAUCCAAUGACUGGCGAAUUGCUGUGGUUCCCGGGACCCCCACUCGAGCUAGCGCGGCCGCCCGGACCACGUCAUAGCCUCCUUUACCUCGACUUCCUUGCAAACAAAUAUAACCCCAAGACGACGAACUUGGAUAGGAACGGAGUAAUAAGUGAGGACGAGGCCAUGGAGCCGUCUCCCAAGCGCCAGAGGACGGAGACAUAUCUUAGUGCAUCUGAAUUGAUUCGCCAAGCGUUUGCCAAUGAAAAUUCGUAG